AGCACUAGCUAAACAUGAAGAAAAAACCAAGGACAUGGAGAAGGUUCAGAGGUGGAGGGUAGCUUUAACCAAAACAGCUAAUUUGUCCGGCUUGUGUUUCAAGGAUGGCUGCAUUGAAUCUGAAUUUCAAUUUAUCCAAAGAAUUAUUAAAGAGAUAUCAAGCACCAAAUUGGAUCACACACAAUUAUUUGUUGCUAAACACCCGGUUGGAAUAGAUUCUCGUGCGGAGGCUAUAGAAUUGCUUUUAGAUACAAAGUCAAAUGAUGUUCGCAUAGUAGGGAUUUAUGGCCUUGGAGGAGUAGGUAAGACUACAAUUGCAAAAGCUGUUUAUAACAGAAUUUUUUAUCGUUUUGAACGGAGUUACUUUCUAGAGAAUGUUAGAGAACAAUUGGGGACAAAUGAUGGCAUAAUCAAAGUGCAAAAGAAACUUCUUUCUAAGAUCAUAGGAGACAAAAAUUUGAAAAAGGUGAGUAACAUAGCUGAAGGAAUCAAACUAAUAAUGGAUAUGCUUUGUCAUAUAAGGAUUCUUUUAAUUCUUGAUGAUGUGGAUGAAUUGAGUGAGAUAGAAAAUUUGCUUGGAAAAUGUAAUUGGUUAGCUUCAGGAAGUAGAGUCAUUAUAACAACAAGAGACAAACAAGUGCUAACCACUCUUGGAAAAGAGCUUCUGAUUUAUGAGGUUAAGAAAUUGAAUCAAUGUGAAGCUUGUGAACUUCUCAGUCUGCACGCCUUCCAACUAAAUAAACCUAAGGAAGACUAUUCAAAAAUUGUAGAGCAAAUUAUACAUUAUGCCAAUGGCCUUCCAUUAGCUCUAAAAAUAAUAGGUUCUGAUUUGUGUGGAAAAAGUAUAUGUGAAUGGGAGAGUGCAUUAGAAAAGUAUAAAAGCAUUUCUCACAAAAAGAUUCUAGAAAAGCUCAAAAUAAGUUAUGAUGCACUGGAAAAAAUUGAAAAGGAUAUUUUUCUCAAUAUUGCUUGUUUCUUCAAGGGAUUCCACAAGGAUUAUGUUGUAAAUAUAUUAGACUCUUGCAAUUUAUAUCCAAAUUAUGGUAUUCGAAAACUCGUUGAUAAGUGCCUCAUAACUGUUGAUGAAUUUGGCAAGUUGUUGAUGCAUGACUUGCUACAACAAAUGGGUAGAGAAAUCAUUCAACAAGAAUUAGAAGAACCCAGAAAUCGAAGCAGAAUAUGGUGUUAUAAGGAUGCUUAUGAAGUACUAACUAGAAAUAUGGGGUCUAAUAAAAUUCAAGGUAUAAUGUUGUACUCACCUGAACUAGUAACAAUGACACUACAAAAUGAGCCUUUCAAAAUGAUGGAAAAUCUUAAAUUUCUGUUAGUUCGCAAUGUACGCAUUUGUGAAGAAUUUGAAUAUCUACCUAGUGGGCUAAGGUUGCUUGAAUGGCCAGAAUAUCCUUUUUCCUUGCCAUCCAAAUAUGAUCCCCAACAACUUGUUGCACUCAAUGUACCACGAAGUCGCAUUAGAUUGAAAAUAUUCAAGCAGGGAAUCCAAUUAAAAAAUUUAAAACAUAUCAAUCUCAACAAGUGUGAAUCUAUUACGAAACUACCUGAGUUGUGUGCCCCAAACCUAGAAACAUUGGACCUUUCUCUUUGUAAAAAUUUAGUUACAAUUCAUGAGUCCUUUGGAUUUCUUGAUAAGCUCCAAGCAUGGAAUCUUGACCGCUGUGCAAAACUUCAAAAUCUUCCAAACAGCCUUAGGCUGAAAUCCCUUAAAGAAUUUUUUCUUACAGACUGCUCAAGCCUAGAGAAGUUCCCCGAUAUUCAUCUAGAAAUGAAAUGCUUAGAGAAUUUAGAUUUAAGUGGGAGUGGUAUUCUAGAGUUGCCUUCAUCAAUAGGUUAUCUCACUGGACUUAGGAGUUUAGACUUAGAAUAUUGCCACAACCUUAGGAAUGUUCCUGAUAGUAUCUAUAAAUUGCAAUUGCUUGAGGGCUUGUAUAUUCCCACUGCCAAAUUGAGACCGGUGUGCAGUUCUUUUGAUGGCUUUUCUGGAUACGGGUUUUUGAGGUUGGAUUGCCUUGAUUUCAGGCGUUCUAAAAACAUAGUUGAAUUAGAUCUUUUGAUAAAGUUCGAUUACUUCCCUGCAUUGAAACACCUAUUUCUAUCUGGGACAAAUAUUGUUAGCAUCCCUGAAAGCAUUAGCAAAUUUACUACAUUAGAGAUCCUUGAAAUAAAUAAUUGCAUGCAGCUUCGGGAAAUUCCGAGACUUCCGCAAUCUAUAAGAUUCGUCAAUGCAAAGGGCUGCCUGUCAUUGGAUCAACAAUCAUCAAGCAGAUUAUUGAAUCAGAUUGGAGAAAUUUUAGGAACUAAACCAAAUAAAGAAUGUGAAGGAGAAAGAAGCGAAAUAUUAAUGGAUCCACAGACAUUAAUUAAAUUAUCGAUCUCUAAUGAUGAGGGCUUUGGAUUUGAAAAUGAUGACGACCAUCGUAGUUUUAUACUGCCAGGAACUGAAAUUCCAAAGUGGUUCAACUCCAACCAUCAAGGGGUUGGAAAUUCCAUAUCAUUCUAUGUUGGUCACAAAUUUCCAAAUAAUUUUGCUGUCUGUUUUGCUGUUGGACUAGUCCCACAUUCAUCCCCACAUGCUUGUAAUGUUUACCUCUCCAUCAAUGGUUAUAAAAAAAUUUGCAUUGGUUUAAUUUGGAUGCUAGAUGAAGUUUCUGGUCAUCUGUGGUUAUGUUCUAGAACACAUCACAAAUUGCAGAAGCAAUUGAAUGAAUCAAAUCCAUCUGAACAGAAUUAUGCUGAGGUUAUAUAUGAAGUGAACAAUACUUUUGAGCCAAGAAGUUGGGGGUUCCAUGUAGAAUGUAUCUGUUGUCCUCAAAACUCCAAUAUUUCUUACUUGCCACUUCUAAGUGCUAGGCAUAGUUGUGGGUCUUCCUCCAUUCCAGGCAACACUGAACUGCCACCUUUGCCACUGGUUUCCUCCACUUCUUAUGGUUCAAAUUUAGAUCACGGAGCUUUCAACAAUGUUGAAGAUUCUAAGCGUGCUGAAAUUCGACUCAAGCCUAGCAGAAAGCCAAGCUCUAGACUCUAGAGACAGAGCUCUCUUCCAACCCCGUCCAUGUGGUAAGAUUGGGCUAAAGACGAAGCUUCUCUUACCACUAGCUAUCUUCAUCAUCUUUAUUUAUUUUCUAAACAAUGGAAACAACAUAUAAUGGGGAAUAUCAGUCUUCUUUGUUAUGGUCCACGAAGACAAAUGGCACCAAUCUUUGCAAUAUGAUGUGGGGCUUCCAAUGGAUACCACAAAUGGGUCCAGAUUAGGCUUGGGUUGGCCAGAUUUGGGAUUUACUGAUGGAUUUGAUCAAGGUUCAUCUUCAAAGGCCCCUACCUUUCAAAAUUUUUUUUUUUUUUUUUUUUGAUGAUUCCAACACCAAUCUGUAUCCACCAUCAAUGAAAAUGAGAACAUCUUGAUCGAACUUCAAAGAAAUAAGCUUCCAUCUGAAAACUCGAUGCCAAGG